CCGCGGGUCGGAGCAGCCACCGCCGCUGGGGGACCCUGUCGGAAACCGCUGCCGCCGCCGCCGCCUCUUUCACGUCUUCUGGGGCAGGGGCCAGGGCCAGGUUUUGCUCACCUGUAAAUAGACCUUUUUGGAGCUCAAUGGCGUCCUCUACUACAGUGCCUCUAGGAUUUCACUAUGAAACAAAAUAUGUUGUUCUCAGCUAUUUGGGACUCCUCUCUCAGGAGAAGCUGCAAGAGCAAAACCUUUCCUCACCCCAAGGAGUUCAGCCAGAUGAAGCUUCACAACUUCUGGAUCAAGAAAUUUUAUUAAAAAUUAAAAUUGAAAUUGAAAAGGAAUUAAAAUCCCUGGAUAAAGAAAUUUCUGAAGCCUUUCCCAGCACAGGCUUUGACCGUCAUACUUCUCCAGUAUUCAGCCCUGCUAACCCCGAGAGCUCAGUAGAAGACUGCUUGGUUCAUCUUGGAGAAAAAGUGUUACAGGAACUGAAGGAACCUCUGCGGAAAGCUGUGCAAAAGCUCCUUGACCAGCCAGUGACAUAUCAGUCAUACCGGGAAUGUACGUUGGAGACUGAAGUUCAUGCCAGCGGCUGGAAUAAGAUUUUGGUGCCCCUGGUUUUGCUACAGCAAAUGCUUUUGGAGUUGGCAAGACGUGGUCAAGAACCUUUGAGUGCAUUGCUGCAGUUUGGUGUGACAUAUUUGGAGGAUUGUGCAGCAGAAUACAUCAUUCAGCAAGGUGGCUGGGGUACUGUGUUUAAUCUUGAACCAGAGGAAGAAUACCCUGGUAUCAUUGUAGAAGACAGCAAUGACAUUUAUAUUCUUCCCAGUGACAACUCUGGACAAAUCAGCCCUCCAGAGUCUCCAACUGUGACCACAUCUUGGCAGUCAGAGAGCUUACCUGUUUCACUCUCGGCAAGUCAGAGUUGGCACACAGAAAACUUACCUGUGUCCCUCGGUCCGGAGUCCUGGCAGCAGAUUGCUAUGGAUCCUGAAGAAGUCAAAAGCUUAGAUAGCAACGGGGCUGGAGAGAAGAGUGAGAAUAACUCUUCCAAUUCUGAUAUUGUGCAUGUGGAGAAAGAAGAAAUCCCCGAGGGGAUGGAAGAGGCUGCUUUGACUUCGGAAGACUUAUUUCCGGAAGCCCCAGCAUCCUUGCUUCCGGAUAUCACUGCCACUUCCUUGCUGGAAACACGGGAACCUGACACAGAAAUCAUUGCAGUGGAGAAAGUCAGCCCUCCUACGUCUUUGUUUGUAGUGCUAGAUGAAGAAGAGUUGAAAGCAGCAACAACGGAACCCAUUGAACUGGAGGCGGGGGGGACAGCCGUACUGAAACGCACGAAAACGGGGCUGAGUGGCGAGGUAACUCUAGUAGAAAAAAGUUCUGGGGCAGGGCCCUCCCCAGCUGGGGAAGAGAAAGUCAUCCCGCUCUCUGAGGGGAAGUCUGUGCUGCUGUUUGGAGGGGCUGCUGCCGUUGCCUUCUUAGCAAUGGCAGUGGGGGUCGCACUGGCUCUGAGAAAGAAAUAGAUUCUUCAGAAGAGAGAAGACAAGGAUGCAGGGUUUUGGUGGUACUGCCUGAGUGUGAACUGCCAGCAGCUCAUUGAACAUUUGUGGAACUCCGGUAAUUGGAGACUGCACUAACCAAGAUGUGGCUUGAUCACCGUUAAGGACUGAGAAGGAAGGUGUUCACCUUUGUCUGAUGUCGGUUUCAAGGGCCAUGGCUCAUACUCGAUUUAGAAUCUUAUGAGUAAAGUGUUCCCUCUAGGCCAGGGCUUUUCAGCCCUGGCAUUAAUGGCAUCUUGGCAGUUUAAGAAACGGGUCUGUGCACUGAAGGACAUUUAGCAACACCCCUGGCCUCUACCCACAGAAUACCAGUAGCACCAUCCCCCCCCAAAUUGUGACAGCCAGAAAUGUCUCCUAACAUUGCCAAACAUCCCCUGAGGAUAAAAUUGUUCCCUGUGGAGCACCGUAGCUUGAGAGGGUUGGGGUUUAACUUAGAAGAAUCUGGGAUAGAAGUUCCUAGGCAAGAGGGCUCGGCACUAAUGACCCGCCCCGGGGAUGUCUUUCCUGACGAACAAACAUGCUGUUCUGUAGCUGGGCUUCGGGCUCUUCCUUUCUUCCUCAUCGUUGGUCCUGUAGUGUGAGGGUGCUCUCCCUUCUGUCUCAGCUCUCUCAGGUUACCACCGUACUCUCCUCUGCACCCCAGGUUCCCUCUAAGACCCCACCCCACCCCUCCCUGAGAGGUGCUUGCACCUUUCAGAUCCCUGGCAGAUCUCCUACUCCCUCCUUGUAAAGAGGCUGCCUUUAGUAAUCUUUCAAAUACAAGAGACCCAGGCCUCCCUCCCUGUGAGAGAACAGCCUGGUGACUAGCUAAAGAAGAGAUUUGUCUCGAAGCGCAGUGGCUUGGAUGGCCAAUUGAGGUCUGUUCCAGACCAAUCGAAGCCUCUUGUUCUGUGACCACACAACUGAGAUUUCAGUGAUUCCCCCCCCCCCCGCCCCCCCAGCAUUUCUGUUGGUGGAGGGUCACUGUAUGUAUCCUGUGCUGGGGUAAAACUGUCUGGUCUGUCUUGUUCACUGGUCAGCCAACUCCUCUGUGAUCUCUUGCCAUGUAGCAAGAAUUUUCAUACUUUGGCUUAUAAAUCAGUUGAAUCACAGUUCAGAUAUAGAAAGACACCUAAAUAUUGAAGUAAAAAAAAAUAGGAAAUUCAAGAAAUUCAAGCACUUUGAGUUUCUGUAGGCUAUGUUCAAGAUUCUAGUUUGGCUGAGAAUGAAGUUCCAGAAAGAGUUCCAGAAUGGAGCCUUCUUUUCCUAAUUCUUGUUCAAUCAAUGUGAGCUACGAAAAUCAGCAUGAUUUUCCAUCCUCUGGAAGAUCCCAUGCCUGUAGGCAAUGGGACUGUGUCCUUUCAUGCCUGAGUGCCUGAGGAUGAGUCAUUUAUGCAGGACACACAAUUCAGGUCAUAUUUAUCUAUUUUUUUUGCUUUUUGGGUCACACCUGGCGAUGCUCAGGGGACCAUAUGGGAUGCUGGGAAUCGAACCCGGGUCGGCCGCGUGCAAGGCAAAUGCCCUUCCUGCUGUGCUAUCACUCCAGCUCCUCAUAUUUAUCUUAGUUAAAUACAACAAAUUACAUUUUCGAUCCUGAAAUUUGUAAUAAACUUACCUACCCAGGUCACCAAAAUUUGAUAUUUUAACUGUGCUUUCUUUUUCUAACUAAUUUUUAAAAAUUAAAUCUUUUAGAAGCUGAAGAUAGUAGAGUGGGUACGGUGCUUGCUUUGCAUGCCACACAGCCAGGUUUGAUGCCAGCCCCUUACCUGCUCCCCUGAGCCCACCACGAGUGGGCAUUGAGCGCAGUGCCAGCAGUGAGCCCUAAGUACAGCUGGGAGUGACGCCCCCCACUCCACCCAAUUUUUUUUAGGCCAGAGAGUUUAGGAGCCGUUGUGCUUGCCUUUCAUAUGGUUGACCCUGGUUCAAUCCCCAGUAUCACAUGGUCCCUUGAGCACUACAGGGAGCAGUGUUCAAUCACAGAGCCAAGAGUAGCCUCUGCCCACCACUGGGUGUUGUCCAAACUACCCACGCCCCCACCAAAAAAAUUCUCCCUACAGCAGUUCUAUCUCAAGAAAACAUCUGUGUGUCAAGAAUGUAGCUCAGUGGCAGAGCACAAACUUUACACGUGUGAGGCACUCUGGAUUUGACCUUGGCACCAAAAUCAAAGUUCUUUAUUUUUGAGGUUUUAGUGUCCCAUUUAGAGCAUGCUGGGGUUUUUUGUUGGUUGGUUGGUUGGUUUGGUUUGGUUUGUUUUUUUGGGCCACAUAUGCUACUCAGGGCUUACUCCUGGCUCUGUGCUCAGGUAUUACUUAUGGAGGGCUUGGGGGAUCAUAUGGGGGGCUAGGGAUCGAACCCAAGUUUGCUGUAAGGCAAGCACCUUACCCAUCGAACUAUUGCUCCGGCCCUGGCCAUACUCUCUUCAACGGUUUCCGUACUCCCUGAUUAAUGCAGUAAGAGGUGAGGAGAUGGAGUAAAGAUUUCUUUUCCUCUUGGGGCUCCGGUAAUUGUAUUACUCUGCUACAUUUAUAUUUUCAUAGUGUAAAACAAACUGGUGGGUUAUCUAAAUUCUACGCUUUUUAUAGUAAAAUAAUUUUCUUUCAGCAUAUCACAUUUUUAACUCUAGAUCCAGACUCAUUGGCUGAACACAUUUAAGUAGAACUAGAAACAUGGUUCAUUUCUGAGCUGCUACAUGAGGCUUAGGGCAGAGGUAUUCGGGUCUGUGUCUCCGUGAAGGACGUGUGGGGUGAUGCUGUCACAUGCUCAUUUAUUUUCCUCCUAGUUGGACAUUCAUCCAGAGUGAUUUUGGCCAGUUAUAUUUUGCUGGAUAAUGGCAAAUUCUUUUUUCCAUUUAUUUUUUCUAGGGUGAAUCUGGUCGUUCCUGAGUAUUAGGAUAUGUCGGUGUUCCCAUUCUUUUUUCCUCAUUCUCUCUCUGGCAAUAGAAUGGAGUCAGCCUAUUAAGGACAGGUUUUUUGUUUGUUUGGGGAUCACACAGGUUACAGUCUGGAUCACUCCUUGUGGGCUAUGUGGCACCAUGUGGGGUUCAUGGGGGCGUCAAACCUGGGUCGGACCCAUGGAAGGCAAAUGCCCUACCCUCUGUACUCUAGCUCUGGCCCCAUUGCGGACAGUUUCUUAACAGCAGUGCCUGUUUUUCCACACACGUGCGCACACUCAACUGUUUCACCUCCUAUCUCUCAUACACACACACCACUUAAUGCAUCCCUCUCCUUUUUGGUGGGAGCUAGAAGCCAUUCUUUCUAGUCCUUUCCCCAUCAAAAUUGAUGGUGAAGGGAAAAUUUAGAAUUACUCAAAUGAAGAAUUACAAAUAUCUUCCAAGCCUGGAGUGAUGCUGUAGGGAGGUACUUGCCUUAGAUGUAGGUGAGUUCAAUCCCUGGUUCCCUAACCCCACCAGGUGUGGCCAAAAAAAAAAAAAGAAAGAAAAAACCUCCAAAACAAAAUAUUAUUCGCUUUUUUAACCUCUUCAGUAAAAAUUCUAAGUCCUUCUAAAACUCUUCUUAAUGCACCAUUAAAUGUAAUUUAUUUUAAUCAUGGGGGGGCAGUAAAGGGCUUAAAAAUAUAUAAUCAAAUAAAGUUUUUUCCCAUUCAAAUGAAAUAGCACUGUACCCUACAAAAACCUGUCCUUGUGCCUUAAGGGGACUCUCAAUAAUAAUUGCCCUCCAGAGAGCUUUCUAGGGAAAGGAAACUACUGAGUAGUUCACAGACUCACCACCCAAAGCAUCCUUGAUGUAUCUUCUCGCCUGGUUCUGUCCUGUCUUGUCUAUCAGAACAUGUUUGAUGAGACACACCUGGUUGUUUUCAAGGGUUGCUCCCGCCGGGGCUUACACCAUGUGCUGAGAUCAGACUGGGCCUUCGAGAUAAGUCCCUUCCUGAAGAAUUUCAUUUCCUAACCUUAUUUUAACACCCUUUAAUAUAAAAAGUAACUUGCCUUUCCUUCUUUCUUGAUAGCAUGUCAUUUGGACAAAGUUACACCCAUAGAAAUAUUCAAUUACUUUAGAAGUUUAAUAGAAAGAAAAGAUAGGUAAUAUUGUUUCUUUCUGUCUUUUUAAAAAUUAUUUUUAAAAAGUUUUUUAGUAUUUGGACCACACCAGCUGUGUUCAGAUGACCACAUGGGGUGCUGGAGAUUGAACCUACCUGCUAUACUCUCCGGCCCCUUUUCUCUCUUUUUAUUUAUUUAUUUUUUUUGUGCACAAAUUUUGCUUUCUAAAAAUUUGAAGUAGCAAGGGCCAGAGAUCUAGGUUAGUCUUGCAUGUGGCUGAGCCUAGUUCAGUUGCCGAAUGGUACCACCAGGGGUCACUCCUGAGCACAACCAGGAGUAGCCCUUGAGCCACAUUGUGUGUGGCCCAAAGACCUAAAAAAUGAUUUUGAAGUGACAUAAUCAUGAGGACUAGUUCAUCGAGAGGACUUUCUGAUCAUUUAUAGCAAGAACAAUUGGCCUCUGAGAAUAUUCCCUCACAGGCGUUAUUUUACUUAGUAACACACUUGAUGCCAGAUGUUUCCUAUUGGAAAUGUUUUCUGUUUCCAGCUGUGACAAGUUUAAAACUGUAAAAUGUUUCCUAUUUCCACUGAGUUGCUCAGACUGUGACAAGGGUGUAGUUUUUCCACACAAGAAUCUUUUUCCUUAAAAAAAAAGAUAACUAAUUUUUAGCAUAUGUAUGAGCACUUCUCUAGCUGUUUCCCUUUCACAGUUCUACUGGGUAAUUAUCCCCUUUUUACAGAUUGAGGACAUCUUUUUAAAGUCUCCUCGUUUACGAGAUGCAAGGCAAUGGUUUAAAUUUUUCUGGCUUCCAAACCGAAUGCAAUUGUAGUGCAUGUUCCAGUUCUUACCUCUUUUGUGACCCUGCAAAGCAGUAUUAAUAGCCUGUCUGCAAAUGGUUGUGCCAGCUGAACACUGCACAGGGCAACAAGUGCUCUCUAAACCAAGUGUCCUGAAAGGAGAGGAGCCUUUCUCUGCUUCCUACCUACAGAAGAGUCUGAAUAUUGAGCAUGAACUUAGAACGAUUUUUCCUCACUUCUAAUUAUAUGGACGGGGAUGUUUUCCCUUUUCAAAAAAAAAUUUAGGCACUGCGGUUAACAAAACUGUUGAUAGGGUUCGGGGUGUUUUCCCUUGAAAUACCGAAUGAAAUGCCUUAUAUUGAAUUAGUAAUGGUGGUGUAGAUCACACAUUUGCUUUCUUGUUUAGAUACAUACUUCUCUUGUAAGUAAGGGGAAGGCAGUCUAACGAAGGAAUAAUCAAUGAAUUUUCCCUUUUCCUUUUCGUCCGUCCUUGCCUCUCAACACUCAGAAGUCACAGUCUCAAGUAGUAUUGAGCAGGAGUGAGCCACUGGCAAAGCUUGCUCAAAAUUCUGCAGGUGAUUUCCCAGUGAAAAACUAUCCGCUCCACUCCACUGUUCACUGGAGAACGUCAAACUAAGUCUUGACCACACACUACUUCUGAGAGUCAGUCAACUGUUCUUGCUUACCUCGUUUUCAUUGCUUCACCGAAAAUCUAAUUGUUUCUACUAAAAUACUAAUAAAUCCCUUCCCUUUCCUUCCACCUCUCCCUGAAAUGUCAUGCGUUGAAACCACAGGGAUCCUCCCAUUUAUGUUUACACUUCAAGAGCCCUUGCCAGGCAGCAGCUUGGUCGAAGCUCAGGUUGGAGUUGUUCUCAGGGAUACUUGCAAGGCCUUGUAUAAGCAGCAGCUGGCGCGACGGAUUCCUGCCCUCUCUCCUAAGGGGAAUUUGAUAUCGCUCACUUCUGUGAGUGUUCUUUGCACCACUAGAAGUCACUGGUUCAUUAGUGUGCUGUUUAGAAAAGUUUUGACAUUCUGGAAGUACCAGUUGCUCUCUUCCCUAGGAAUAAAAGAAAGACCCCGAAGUGUAAGCUUCCCCAUCAGAGGCUGGAUAACGGUUGCUCCUGAUGAUUCCUAGCAAGGGAAUAGCAACGUAUAGCUCAGACUUUGGCCAGGACCAAAGGAAAAGAUAGAGUUCGUUUUUUCCUUAGAACUUAUGUUAUCAGAGUCUUCCACUUUCCUCUUCCGAUUAAAAGUGCCUCUUGCUUAUUUAUCCCUUGUCUGAGUUUCAAUUUAUGAUUGGUUCUGAUGCCUCAAAAUGACUGGAAUUAAACAUGCUUACAAUUAAGUCAACAUAAACAUUUCUCUUAAGUAUCUCAUUUACCUUAAAAAAAAAAAAAAGAAACCCCAGUGGCUCUUCUU